AUGCACUUUGUUGCAGACUGCUCGUACACGAAACACACCUGCAAGACGUGCGGCAAAGUGGGACACAAGGAAGGAUACUGUGCUUGCUGCUCCAAACCCUCCGGUUCCGGAGAAGGUGCAUCACACACAGCAUCCGGAGGCGGCAAGAAGAAGCACAAAAAGAAGCGGGCCGACGGCGGGGGAAACUCAAACGGAGUGUACGCUGUUAACAAGGAAGGUGUCGUCGGACGGCGCAAGUUCGUGGAAGUUCUGAUCAACAACGAACCGAUCGAACUCCAGCUCGACUGCGGAUCGGACUAUACCAUCAUCUCGACGGAUUCACUUCCCUUGCUCGGCAACCCAGAAACCAUUCCGACGGAACUGCGGGUGGCCACAGCCUCAGGCAAACCCCUUCCGCUGGAAUUGGAGUUCGAGUGUGACGUCACGUUCCGCGGGACCACCAAGCGUUCCGUGUGCUACGUCACUCCUGUGCGCGGUUUCAAGGUUCUUGGGAGCGACCUGAUGGAAGCUUUCGGGCUGUACGACAUUCCGAUCAACGACUUCUGCAAGCAACUCACAACUGCGGAGGACUCGUUGGCGUGUGGUGCCGCGCUGAAGGCGAAAUUUCCGGCGGUGUUCCAGGAAGGACUCGGACGGUGCACGAAAACGAAGAUCCAGCUGUUCCUGAUCGACGGGGCGAAGCCGGUCUUCAAGCCUAAGCGGCCAGUGCCGUUCCACUCGCAGCGGCUGGUCGAAAAGGAGCUCAACCGAUUGCAGAACAUGGGAGUGCUGGAGCCGGUCGACUACUCGGACUGGGCGGCACCCAUCGUGGCAGUUCGGAAAGCGCAGCGCGACGCAGACGGAGAUCCGGUGGUCCGCAUUUGCGCGGAUUACUCGACCGGGCUGAACGCUGUGCUGGAGGCGAACAAGUACCCUCUCCCUACCCCCGACGACAUCUUCGCAAAGCUGGCUGGCAGCAAGUUCUUCAGCGUGAUUGACCUGUCGGACGCUUAUCUGCAGAUGGAGGUAGAGGAGGAGUCGCAGAAGCUGUUGACUAUGAACACACACAAGGGGCUGUUCAAGGUCAAGCGUCUGCCGCCGGGAGUGAAACCCGCUCCUGGAGCCUUCCAGAAGGUCGUUGACAACAUGCUCGCCGGCCAGGAAGGAGCGGCGUCGUUCCUCGACGACGUGCUGGUGUUCGGCCGAACGCGCGCUGAGCACGACCGGAACUUGGAGCAAACGCUGCAGCGGAUCCAAGAUUUCGGUUUCCGGCUCAAGAUCGAGAAGUGCAAGUUCUACAUGACGGAGGUGAAGUACCUGGGCCACAUCAUCAACCAAAACGGAAUCCGCACCGACCCGGGGAAAGUGUCUGCCAUCUCGCAGAUGCCACCGCCGAAGAACCUCACCGAGCUGCGUUCGUUCUUGGGCGCGGUCAACUACUACGCGAAGUUCAUCAAGGAGAUGCACCAGCUGCGUAGGCCACUCGAUCUGCUGCUGAAGAAGGACGCAAAGUGGGCCUGGUCGGACGACUGCCAACGAUCGUUCGAGCGCUUCAAGGAGCUGCUCAAGUCUGACCUGAUGCUGACCCACUACAACCCGACGCUGGACAUUAUCGUGGCCGCUGACGCUUCGCAAACCGGAAUCGGCGCUACAAUCCGACAUCGUUUCUGA